AUGAGCGAUUACCGUUUCAUAGAUCCCACACCAGCUGGUAAAGAGUUUCUCGUUGAUAAAUUCAACCAAAAGUUUAAUAUUAACGUAACCUACCGGUUCUUCAAAGAAAAACUCGAUCAACUUAAAAGAAAAUACAAGAAGUACAAGCAUCUUAUGAAAAAUUCUACGGGCAUUUCGGUUGAUCCUACUACAUCUGUGAUAUCUGCGUCUGAUUCAUGGUGGAGAGAUCGUGAAUCUCAAUACUCUUUGCACCAAAGAAGAGAAGAGUUGCUGAAUGAUGGUCAAAAUAACGAUGAAGACCAUUUGUACUCUGAAACAUAUGAUGGUGAUACGCAACACACGCAUGUUCCCGAGACACAAGAAAAUGAAGAAAUUCCUACUUCUAGAGUGCAACAACGAAGUGGACUAAGGCGUGGAAGUAGUUCACAAAGAGGUGUAGAAAAUUCUCGGGUUGCUACCAGAAGUGGAUCUCAAGGAAGUCGUAGAAAACAAUCAUUCGAGACAACUUUGACAGAUACGAUGGCUGGCUUUAGAGAAUUUCAAUGCCAAAGUUUACAACAACUGCGUCCAAAUUAUUUUGACGAAGGUGAUUACAAUGAAUUUGAUACGGCCGUGAAGAUAUUCGAAUCGAUGGAGCUUCCAAAUGACACCACUUUUUAUUGGGCUUGCAUUCAUGCAUUCAAAGAAGAAAGAUUUUGGCGCAAGUACUUCAUCGAUAGGGCUGAAAGACCUGUGGAAGAUAAGUUGAAAUUUUUACAAGCUCUUACAGGAUAUACGCGGGACAGUGAAUACAUGGGAAAACAGUUAGAAUCUGGACAAAAGUUUGGCAGUCCAACUUGUGGGCAAUGGAGUUUUGGUUUUAACCAAUGGGAAACACCUCCAAAUCAACCGCAAUGGGGAACACCUCCAACUGCACCGCAAUGGGGAACACUGCCAAAUGCCCCACAAUGGAAUUCACCUUCAAAUGCUCCGCAGUGGGCUGCACCACCAAAUGUUUCCCAGUGGGGUACACCACCAAAUGCUCUUCAAUGGACUUCAUCUCCAAAUGCUCUGCAGUGGGGUCCACAAAAUGUUCCACAAUGGGGUCCGCCUCAUAAUUCUCAACAAUGGGGUUCUACAUCUGAUGUUCCAUAA